GGAAAAAACAGUUCCUCUAACGGCAUGAGAAUGACAGAACUUGACAACUAAUUUUAUUUUUAUGGGAAUCCUUCUCGAAGAUUAACGUUAAAACAUAUACAUAAUAAACAAGGCAAGGUUCAUCAAGCCACCCUCACUAUGGACCCACUUAGGAGAACAGCCUUGCUAGAUGACAUGGUCCAGUACUAUCUCUUCUUGGUUCAGCCUAACCUCUUUGACACACAGUCUGAUGAUCUACGUCUGAGACCUUGGCCAAGGUUGCCCCUCUCCUUGUGCAGUAUAUCUGGCAACAGCAGCCAUUCAACCUCAAGUACCACACUGAGAAAGGCACAGUACUGGUUCUGACCUGGAUACAAAUGUUUUUUGAGGAUUAAAGGAAUUGUUAUACAAAUCAUUUUGAUGCUUUGACUGAAUGAAUGGUGAUCAUAUCUUGAUUGUACCUGCAAGGGGAGUUCCUGCACACUUUGGAGGCAGCGCUGUGUUUGGGGACAGUGUGGAGGAUGAGUGGUUCAUCUUAUACCUCCUGCUUCAGAUCACACAAGCCUUCCCAGAACUUGCUGCCAGGUUAGAGUACAAUGAUGGGGAGUUCCUUCUGAUCGAAGCAGCAGACUAUCUUCCCAAGUGGUUGAACCCAGAGAGCUGUGGAAACCGAGUGUUCCUCUACAGGGGUGAGCUGUACAUCCUGCCCUGACCUCCCGCUCUAGUGGAGUUGGCCUGCCCAUGAACGCAGUGCCCAGCGUGAACCAUCCUGCUCUCGUCCCACACACAGGCCUGUCUGGCCAGCCCCAAGAUCUGCACUGCUCUGGGGAAAAGACUG